AUGCCGAAGGCAAAAGGUGGUGGCGGCGGAGCCAGCGGUGGGAGUAAGGGUGGCAAGAGUAAAGGGGCUGAAGGAGGGGAGAGUGAAGGCAAAACAGCAAAAGGAGGGACCGCUGUGAAGGUUCGUCAUAUUCUGUGCGAAAAGCAGUCCAAAGCGUUAGAAGCCCUUGAAAAGCUCCGAAGCGGAAUGAAAUUCAAUGAGGUUGCAGCACAGUACAGUGAAGAUAAAGCUAGAUCAGGGGGUGAUCUUGGUUGGAUGACACGUGGAAGCAUGGUGGGACCUUUCCAAGAUGCAGCUUUUGCUCUGCCCAACAGCACAGUAGACAAACCAAACUAUACAGACCCUCCAGUGAAAACAAAGUUCGGCUAUCACAUCAUUAUGGUGGAAGGGAAAAAGUAG